UCUUAUUCAGCAUCUUCACCAGACAGAACUACUAUAUCUUCCUUCGCUGGCUUGAGCUCAAGCUCUUUGUCUUUGCAAACCAUCUCCACAGUUCUUUGAACUGCUCAUCCUCCCUCGUCUUGAGAAUAAAAAAAUAAACAAAAACCACCCCCCACAACUAUCAACAUGCAGUGGUCAACCAUCACCACAAUCCUCACCCUCCUCCUCCUCAACACCACCCAAAGCUCAGCCUUCAGCAUCGCCCGCGUCUGGGCAAGCUUCUACACCGAAUGUCCCGCCGACGACUCAUCCUCCGACACCCCGGCCCCAUCAUCACCAUCCGAUGACCCCAGCACCAAAAGCACCAGCAACACCAACAGCGUCCUCGCCAACUUCUUCGCCUCCUUCUUCCAGCGCACGGACGACCAAUCGGCCACCGUCGUCAUCGACGUCUACUCCGGCACCUGCCAGGCCUUCCCCGUGGGCCGGCGCUACAACGCCGACGCCAUCUCCUUCAACGCCGAGGCCGUCUACACGGGGCCCUACGACCGGUGCAACGUGACCGUGCACGAGGUGCCGGGCUGCGUCGACGCGCCCUUGAUCGAGGUCCCCAUCCAGGCGGACGGCAGCGCCGCCGCCACCUGCACCGAGCGCGAGUUCCACUCCCUCUCGCAGAUGUGGAUCAUGCUGCACUGCGAGACCGACAAGAAGUCCUCCUCCACCGGCACAAGCAUCGGAAAAAGCAGCACCACCACCACCACCAGCAGUGGCGGCGGUAGUGGUCAGCAGAAGCCCUCGCAACAGGCGCAACCUCACGGUGAUGAUGAUGAUGAUGAUGAUGAUGAUGACGAGUCUCAGUCACAAUCGUCCUCGUCCACGGAUCCCAAAAUCCCCGAGAUCCCCGCCAUCCCUGACAUCCCCAAGCUGCAACCCACGAUCUUUUCGAAGUUGCACGCCGCGCUAGAAAAUGUCACCGCCGCCACCAAUGCCGGUGCUGGGAAGGCGAACUCGACGGCUCCGGUUCUGUCGCGGUCAAUGCGCCUGCGGCGCGCGGCGCGCACUCGCUUGUCGAAUCUGUGAAUCGAUUUCUGCACUUUUUCCUGUUGUUGAUGUUCUUGAUUUGAGUUUUUGUAUAUUCUGGGCCUCGUGUAUCUUGUAUAUUUGUCAGCCUUUCAGCGAUUGGGUGAUUGAUUUUUGUGGCGUCUGGAGAGUACAGUAC